AUGGACCCUGCCGAUAGCGAGCAUAUGGCAUUCAUCACCGACUGCGAGUUGUACUGUUACAAUGUCAUGCCUUUCGGCUUGAAAAACGUGGGGGCAACGUAUCAACGGCUCAUCAAUCGGAUUUUUGCUAAACACAUCAGCAGCAUUAUGGAGGUGUAUGUCGACGACAUGUUGGUGAAAGGCCGAACGGCAGGGGGGCAUCUGGAAAACUUAGCCCUCAUGUUCUGUAUACUGAGAGAUUACCGAAUGAGGCUGAACCCAACGAAGUGCGCCUUCGGUGUAUCUUCGGGGAAAUUUCUCAGAUUCAUGAUCAGCCAAAGGGGAAUCGAAGCCAAUCCCGAGAAAAUCAAAAGGACAUUCAGAGCCUUACAUGACGUGUCGCCGCCCUAA